AUAACAAAAAGAAGGUUUAGUGGGAAAGCUCGCUCUUUGCAAGAUUGCUACGCGAUUUUUAUUUUAGUUGCACAUUUUAAUUUGAUCGUGUCGCGUGUGUUACGGAAAUUCGGGAAUUCAAGAAGACAAAAAGUCGACAAAAGAUUUUAUUCGCCCAUCUGUGUGAAUAUUUGUGAGAGAAAUUUUCCAGUGAAAAAGUGUUGAGAGGGGGAAAUAUCCCUGAAAAAAUUGCAAUUGGAGAGGAAUUUUCUGUGGGUGCUUUUCGUGGAAAUAUAAUUUCACAUUUUCCAACACUCAGGAGGCAUUUUUUAGUGCUAGAGAAAAACGUGAAAACUUUAGAGAAAAUUGGGUGAGCAACUGAGGAAGAACAACGAUUUGAAGAUUUUUAUUUUCCAAGCAUCGCAGUGGCGGAGAUUGAACUUUGUACUGUUGAUGGUGUGUGCGUGUAAAUUUGUUGCUUUUAUGUGGUGAGGCAGAGAGAAAAAAAAAGAGCACGGUGUAUUGUCAUUGAUUAGGUGACGCGUGGAAGGUGCUGGGCCAACAGGUGGGGAUACAAUUGAGUUGUGUUCGGUGGAGAAUUUGUGUGUGGUGUGCUUGCAACUCUCCUUCGGGGCAGUUUUACUAUAACAAUCUGCCAUGGCGGAAGCCCAUUCGGCCGUUGCCUUCUCCUUCUCCAUCACCCACGAGGGUUUUGACAUCAACUAUGACCAGGAGGUGCUAAAUCUCGUAUGGCAAUCUGGUGUGCGAUCGUGGAAGAAGAGAAUUGCAAGAUUUCGCAAUGGCUUGCGAAAUGGCAUUUAUCCAGCACAUUUGCAGAGUCUGUGGUUGGUAAUAGCAAUUGCCGUGGCUCUGCAUUUUUCUGGCAAACGUGUUCCAUUGAAUAUGGUUAAUAACAUUAUGCCAAUACUACCCGGUGAUUCGGCUGUCUGGCAAUUGGUUGCCUGUAGUCUCACGGGUCUUGUGUUUUGGCUCUCAAUUUGCUACACAAUGAGAUACUCUCUGAAACUCUUGCUUAUGUACAAAGGGUGGAUGUAUGAGGCACGCGGCAAAGGGAAAUCCGUCUCAAUACAGACAAAACUCUGGGCAGCAGUUGUAAAGGUGCUGUCGACGUGGAAUAAACCAGGUCUGUACAGCUUCCAAGGAUCCCUGCCGAGGUUGCCAUUGCCUUCGGUGCAUGACACCAUGACAAGGUACCUGAGAUCAGUUCGUCCCCUUCUCGAUGAUGACAACUACAACAGGAUGACGCAAUUGGCGAAGGAAUUUGAGAGUGGCAUUGGGAAGAAAUUGCAGUGGUAUUUGAUACUGAAGAGCUGGUGGUCCACGAACUAUGUGUCCGAUUGGUGGGAGGAGUAUGUGUACCUGCGUGGCCGAAGUGGUUUGAUGGUUAACAGCAAUUUCUACGGCAUUGAUGCCGUUUUUACGAAUUUAACAAGGAGUCAAGCUGCUCGUGCAGCCAAUAUCACGCAUCUUCUGCUCAAUUUUAGGCGUCGUGUUGAGCGUCAAGAACUCGAACCAAUCCUCGUGCAAGGACUCGUUCCACUCUGUUCGUGGCAGUACGAAAGGAUUUUCAACACAGUACGCGUUCCAGGUAUCGAGACAGACAAAAUUGUCCACUAUCAGGACUCAAAUCACAUUGUUGUCCUCCACAAGGGAUGCUACCACAAAGUUAUCAUCUACCACCGUGGAAGGCUCCUUAGGCCGUGUGAGAUUCAAAUACAAAUGGAGCAAAUCCUCAAGAGUGAUAGUACUCCAUCUCCUGGUGAGGAACUUUUGGCAUCUCUCACGGCUGGGGAUCGUACAAAGUGGGCUGAAGUGCGGCAAAGUCAGUUCUCAAAGGGCGUUAACAAGCAAUCGCUCUACAUUAUUGAGAGUGCUGCCUUUGUCGUGUCGUUGGAUGAUCAGGAUUAUGAGUUUGAUGAGAAGCAUCCUGAGAAGUUGGACAACUACGGAAGGACGUUGCUUCAUGGAAAUGGGCAUGAUCGGUGGUUCGAUAAGAGUUUCACCGUUUGCGUAGGAAGAAAUGGAAGGGUUGGGUUCAAUGCUGAGCAUACCUGGGCGGAUGCUGCUGUUUUGUCACACAUGUGGGAACAUUACAUUGUGGAGGAAAAAUUAGCAAAUCGGGCUGAUGCUCCUAUUAAAGGUCAUGUUUGGGAGUAUGUUGUGGCAACGGAAAUCAACACUGGAUAUGAUGAGAAAGGAAAUUGUUUGGGGACACCUGAGUUCCAACCACCAACCCCAACGAGAUUGGCGUGGGACUUAAAGAAUCCAGUGUGUUUAACAGCCAUCGAAGAAGCGCACGAAGCUGCGCAAUUAGUAUUAAAUGAUCUCGAUUUGAAGGUCCUCAUGCACAAUGCCUACGGGAAGGGAUUCAUGAAGACUUGCCGCGUAUCUCCGGAUGCAUACAUCCAGAUGGCCCUUCAGUUGGCCUAUUUCCGCGAUGCAGGACGCUUCAGUUUGACGUAUGAGGCCUCCAUGACGCGCCUAUUUCGCGAAGGUAGAACAGAAACUGUGCGUCCGUGCACAAUUGAAUCGGCGGCGUUUGUGCGUGCCAUCGAUAAGAAACCCCAUUGGAAUGUUGAGGAGUGCGUGAAGCUCAUGCAAACAGCAUGUUCACGGCAUCAGCUUGCCUAUCAGGAUGCAAUGUGUGGCAAAGGGAUUGAUCGACACCUGUUCUGCUUGUACGUUGUGUCCAAGUACUUGGAGGUGGAGUCGCCAUUCCUCAAGGAAGUUCUCAGUGAACCAUGGCGCCUGUCGACGAGUCAGACACCCCAUGGGCAGACAACGAUGUUUGAUUUCUCCAAGAAUCCCGAGUACAUCAGUGCUGGUGGUGGAUUUGGACCCGUAGCUGAUGAUGGUUACGGUGUUUCGUACAUUGUGGCUGGGGAGGAUUUAAUUUUCUUCCACAUUUCCGCAAAGAAGAAUUGCAACCUCACGGAUGCCAGUCGCUUUGCUGAUCGAAUUUCGCAAGCUCUCGCGGACAUCCGGACGCUCUUUGAGGAGUACAAACGGCUAACGAGCAACGGAACGAGUCACAAGAAGGCCUCAAAUGGCAUUGCAAAUCACAACUGAGCCAGGGAAGGUGUGCGCGCCUAAAGCAAAGCGACGGGACAAUCUUGCAAAAAAAAAAACCCAACAAAAGUGGACCUCUCUGGUCAGAGAGUCACAAAUCACGCAUCAUCUUUCUUUCACUUCAUCGGCCACCCUUAAUCGCCAUGUGAGCGUGGAUUAAAGCCAAUUUUAUUUAUUUAAAAACAAAUGAGAUAAAAAAAAUAUUUAAAUAAUGGAGAAUGAGGAAAAUGAUUUUAGGAGAUUUUAUUUAAAGAAAAAUUAAAUUUAUUAUAUUAAAACUUUAGAAAACUUUUUUUUUAUAAAAUGAAAAGAAAUUUUAUUGGUUGUUUAUUGCGGAUUUUUCUUUUGUUUAUUUUUUAGAAAAUGUUAUAUACUGAUUUUUUUUUUAAAUAAUAUUAUAUUUUCAAUUUAUUAAAAUGCUAUUUUAUAGAAGAAAAACAAAACAUUGAAGAAAGCUGGAGAAGUCUUUUUCUAAUCUGAAAUGACUGUGAAAGUUGAAGAUUUGGGAUGUUCUUCCCGUAGAAAAUCUUUUCACAGAAGAUAGAAAAAGUUGGCAAGAAAAAUUCUUGUCUCAUUCCAAAAAAAAGAAUUUUUAAAAUUAUCUUUGUACUGCGGAUUAAAACAGGACGAUCCAGGAGCUGUAUAUCAUCUCCAGUGUGGCUCCUGCUUAUCAUCUCCCAAAAGGGCACACAUUGAGAGUGUUCAGAAAGAUGAAAAUAUUACCUACAUUAAAAAAUAUUUUAUUAGAACGAACAAAAUUAGCUAAGAAAAGGAAAAAAAAAACUGUAAAUAUUUCAUUGUCAUUUUUGGUAGCGGACUUUGUUGUAAUUCAAUUUAUAGAGAGAGAAGUUAAAUGAAGUAAAAGAGAAGAAAAAACCUAACAUCCCUCUUACUAGUUUUAGGGCAGAUAUCAAUGCAAAACUCUAAUACUUGUUUUAAUUUUAACGGAAUGUGAUUGAAGCUAUUGCAAAAAUAUAAAAAAAAAUAUUUCAAGACAAAAA